CAUGUGAAUAAUUUACUACAAUAUGGCGGAGGCAAUAGGCACUACCGAUACUCCACUGGUUGACAAGAUUGUACAAGAAACAGCAAGAAGAGAAGAGGACCGAAACGGAGCAGAAGCCAAUCAUGUGCGCAAAAAACAGGUCAGGAUCAUUUUACCAACAGAACUUGACGACUCUGACCUAAAAACUGAAGGGACAGAAGCCACGGAAACGGAAACCGGUGUAGAAACAGACGCAAGUCCACGGAGAAAAGGUAAGAAAUACCUUCGACCUCUACAAAACUACCUACGGUCCAGUCGAGACAGGUGGCUGAAACUUCUACCGGCGAUUCCCGAAAUAUCGUCUACGAAAGAACCGCCCGAAUCCUACGAAGAGGUUACAAAAGCGAUCAAAACAGCCUUGCAAAAAUGUGACGGUCUUCUUAUAUCGGUGCCAUACUUAACCACAGAGGUGAGCUUUCUACAAACUGUGGAAGAUGUGCUACUUCGUUUUAAAGACACGUUGGACGUUGGCAAAUUGUCGGACUUCAAAACGCUACAAAAUCUUGUCUUCAUGGUGCGAUCUAAAGAACAGUAUCAAAAGGAGGCGGACGCCUUGAUAGAGUUUCAAACGGCGGCCGGCAGUGCAAUAAUGCAACUAGAGAAAGUUUUCAGGAUACUUAAAGAAGAAGUGCUCUUCUUUCUCAGAACGUUUUGUACGGGAGAAAGGGAGCAAGAGAAAUGCCGAGAGAUCUUAGAAAAGAAUGUCGAUGGAAUCCAACGUCUUUUAAACAGUAAAGUGAGCGAAGUGGAUUCGAAUAUCUUUAGUUAUGGCCAACUGUCUUGUCAAGUAGCGAUUGACGUGGUCAACUGGAAAAACUUUCCGAUUUUGCGAGUAAUCCCUGACAUUGUAGACAGGUGUUACGAUGCAAUAAAACAAGCCAACACAUGGCUAACUGAUGACUCGGAAUACGUGUCAAGACUUAAAAGAAGGGUCGAAGAAAACCGAAGAACAGUUAGUGACAUCCGAACUCGGAUCAUCAUAGCAAAUCUCCAACGCAACGUUCUGGAGAACACAUCCAAGAACGUAAACAGAGAGGUGAGACAAAGAAAAAGGCGGCUGCACCAAAUCCAAAGGGAGGUAAAACAACUCGAAGAUGAAAAGGCGAGCAGAGAAGCACAAUUGGGCGACACGAAACCGUCAACAAAUCCGACAAAGACACACGGGUUGACCUCUGACCUUGGGAACGUGACCGCCUCCUUGCACCUGGAUUCAAAAUGGCGGCUCGAAGAAGAGCUAAGAAAUAUCAACGUGGAACUUUCAAAGCGAAAAAUUCGUCUCCAAGAAGCAGAAUUAAGUCUAGAAGAGUACAUAUUUGGCCAUGGACAAGAUCGGGAAUACUUACAGACCCAGAUAAAGAAAAAUGAGGAAAAAUCCGACGUGCUACGCAAGGAAUUAGCCGAGGCGUUUGAGAAACUGGCUUCUUGGGAAUCCCUCCUGCAGGAAAAGACGGGUCGAAAAAAGAUCGCAGAAAAAUUCUGGGCUGCCACCGACAAAACGUCUGGUCGUGAAAGUUAUGAAGAGCUGGAAAGUGUCCUGGAAAUCCUUCAGGAAGAACUGGGACCAAAAUGGCGCCGUUUCGUCCGCCAUCUUCCCGGGCCCCGUCAGGUCAUUGACGUCGAUAUAGAGAGCAUCAAAUCAGCGCACCCCCUCUACCGGGAGGACCAGAUCUACCAUGCAUUAUCGCUGUGGAGGAAACGUAACCCACAACACGCUAAUGUUGACAGUAUUCUCAAAGCGCUGGAGAAAUGUGGACUUCUUGGCAUCAGAGAAAAGGCGCUCAGGGUACUAGGAAGACGACCAUAUGCUACAGUUUAGUUUUCUUGGCAGUGUUUCUUGAACAAAAUCAACUUGUAAUAGACAUUUCUGCUGAACGUUUGCCAGUUUUCCAAGAACGAUGAGGAUUGGCUCUUCUUCGCUAGGUGUCGUUGCUGCACAGUCAAAGCCAUUUGUUUAUAUCGGCAUUGCUAACAGUUGUACAGCAAAUAAAUUCUUUUGUAUCUUGA